AUGGAUUCAAAUCAACAGAGGGCUGGUGCUCAUCAGCCGCGUCCCCCGACGCAAACCUCCGAUUCCUCCUCCAUUCUCACUGUUUUUCUCCCAUUCAUCGCCAUCACUGCCAUGCUUUUUGUUCUGCACCAAGUCCCAGAAGGCCAUGUCGGGGUAUAUUGGAGAGGAGGUGCUCUUCUGAAAGCAAUUACAGAGCCAGGCUUUCAUCUAAAGAUGCCUUUCCUAACACAGUAUGAGCCUGUUCAAGUGACACUUCAGACAGAUAUGGUGACAGAUAUACCAUGUGGUACUAAAGGAGGUGUCAUGAUCAAUUUUGAGAAGAUAGAAGUUGUAAACCGACUUCAUAAGGAACAUGUCUAUGAGACAUUGCUCAACUACGGGGUGCAUUAUGACAAGACAUGGAUAUAUGACAAGAUUCAUCAUGAGAUUAAUCAGUUUUGCAGUUCUCAUAGUCUUCAACAGGUCUAUAUUGAUGUUUUCGCUCAGAUUGAUGAAAAGAUGAAGGAUGCUCUUCAAGUUGAUUGCACUCGUUAUGCUCCAGGAAUUGAAAUUAUCAGUGUCCGUGUCACAAAACCAACUAUUCCAGAUAGCAUCAGGCGCAACUUUCAACAAAUGGAAGAGGAGCGCACUAAGGUCUUGAUUGCUAUUGAAAGACAGAAAGUGGCUGAGAAGGAGGCAGAGACUUCGAAGAAGAUGGCUAUUAGUGAGGCUGAGAAAAAUGCCAAUGUUAGCAAGAUCCUUAUGGAGCAGAAAUUGUUGGAAAAGGAUGGUUCUAGGCGCCAGCAAGAAAUUGAGAACCAAAUGUACCUCGCACGUGAAAAGAGCCUGGCAGAUGCGGAUUUCUACCGUGUAACAAAAGAGGCUGAAGCAAACAGGUUGAAGCUUACCCCAGAAUUUCUCGAUCUUAAAUUCAUCGAGGCCAUUGCUGGUAAUACAAAGAUAUUCUUUGGGGAUAAGCUGCCAAAUAUGAUUUUUGAUCAGAGGCUGCUUGGAAAUUUCUUGCAAAACGUGUCUAGAGAGUCAUUUGCAGAAAAGAAGGCAGAUGCUUGAAUCAUAAGUUGCAUUGCAUUACUGGGCCAUUUUUGGUAAGCUGGAUAAGGCCUAAUGGGAUAUAUAAACAAGUGGUAAAAUUUAGUAUAUGAUAUUUGGUUUGUUAUUGUAUGUAACUAGUGUUCAUUCUCGUGCGGUGCAUCGAAAGUUAUGUUUGUCCCUGCUCAAAUAGCAAUUUAAAAUUUAAUUUUGAUACGAGUA